AUGGCCGACGACAUAAUCCAGCUCCUGGACGCCCUCGGCAUCAAGUCAAAAGUCCACCUCGUAGGCCACGACAUCGGCGGGAUGAUCGCCUGGGCCAUCGCCGCUCGCCAUCCGGAUCGUCUUCAGACUGUCAACUGGGGCGAGUGCCCUCUUCCAGGUACCUCGAUUCACCAAGAGGACCGCACCGAUCGUGCAAUCGAUCAGUUCCACUUCAUCUUCCACUGUGUGCGCGACCUGCCAGAGGCAUUGAUCGCGGGGCAUGAGGAGAUCUAUCUCAGCCACUUCUUCAACAAGCUCACGUUUAACAUGGAAGCCAUCGGGCCCGAAGACCUCGAUCAUUAUGUGAGGUCGUACUCCCAGCCCGGAGCGAUGAGGUGUGCCCUCGAGGUCUACAGAGCGUUCUUGGAAGAUGCGGAGGAAAAUAAAGAGUGGAUAAGGAGCCAUGGAAAAUGCAAGGUACCAGCUAUUGGAAUGAGUGGUGAGAAGAGUGCGCACUGUGAGCAGGCGAGGCGGAUGUUGGCAGAGGUGCAUGAGGACGGGACGUAUGAGGUCGCAACUGUGUCUGAUGCAGGACAUUACCUGGCCGAGGAGAACCCGCAAGGUUUUGUGGAUAAAACACUGGCAUUUAUUGAGAAGCAUCAGAAAUGA